AUGGAAGAUCCACCGGCGCGUAAUGCUGCGUGGCGUUACGGCUUUGAUGUUCCUGCCAAUUAUGACGAUGUUGGAUUAAAUUGUGGUGGAUUAGGAGUUCAAAGUUUGAAUGGAGGUAAAUGUGGUAUUUGUGGUGAUUCAUACGAUGGAUCACGAUACCAUGAAUCGGGUGGUAAAUAUGCAACAAAUAUAAUAGUUCGUCAUUAUUUAUCAGGCGCAUUAAUUGACGUCAAAAUUUUGUUAUCAGCCAAUCACAAAGGCUUUAUGGAAUUUCGUUUAUGCCCAGCAGCAGAUGCAAAUACAGAAGUGACACAAGAAUGUUUAGAUCAAAAUGUACUUGAUAUACAAGGAUUUGGUAAACAAUAUUCUGUUAGUGAAGGAUUGGAUUUAAUUUUUUUACGCGUUCAUCUACCUCCUGGUUUAUCAUGUUCUCGAUGUGUGCUACAGUGGCGUUAUCAUGCUGGUAAUAAUUGGGGUAGAAAUAUUCAAACAGGUGAAGCAUGUCUCGGUUGUGGUCUACAAGAAGAAUUUUACAACUGUGCUGAUAUUAGCAUAGCGGCAGUUGAUAAUAAUUUCCUAUUGAUGCCUUCAACAACGAUGCCAUCAAAUCACUUCUUUUUAUUGCCAUUUUUGAAUCCGGUAUUUCUCCCUCGAAUUCAUACACCAUCACCUUUUAUCGUCUAUCCAACAAUGAUGACAUCGACAGACACAACUCCCACAACAACAACAAAAAAAACUGAAGCUCGGCAAAGUUUUAUCUUUCCAUUCAGUCCAUUGAAAGAAUUAAUAGAUCAAAUCGAUGCAAAUAAUAAAACUCUUCGUUGUUAUCCAACAAAUGAAGCACUUAAACCAUUGGUUGGUAUAGAAAAUUGGUGUUUACAAUUGUGUGCUAUAAACUGUCCGCCGACAUUAUGCGUUUGCGUCAAAACUUAA